GAUGUGCUGUGCUGCACCGCCAGCAUCUGGAAUGUCACGGCCAUCGCCCUUGACCGCUACUGGUCCAUUACCCGCCACCUGGAGUACACACUCCUCAUCCGGCGCCGCAUCUCCAACAUCAUGAUUGCCCUCACCUGGGCGCUCUCUGCCUUCAUCUCCUUGGCCCCACUGCUCUUUGGCUGGGGUGAGACUUACUCAGAGGACAAUGAGGAGUGCCAAAUCAGCCACGAGCCUUCCUACACCAUCUUCUCCACCUUUGGCGCCUUCUACCUGCCCCUCUGUGUGGUGCUCUUUGUGUACUGGAAGAUCUACAAGGCAGCCAAGUUUCGAAUUGGAUCUCGGAAGAACAACUCCAUCACCCCCGUUAGACCAGAAGCCCUGGAGGUAAAAGAAGCUGCCCAGCAGCCACAGAUGGUCUUCACUGUCCGUCAUGCCACUGUUACGUUCCAGACGGACGGAGACACAUGGAGAGAGCAGAAGGAAAAGAAAGCUGCCCUCAUGGUGGGCAUCCUUAUUGGGGUCUUCGUGCUCUGCUGGAUCCCCUUCUUCAUCACGGAGCUCAUCAACCCCCUCUGCUCAUGCGACAUCCCACCCAUUUGGAAGAGUAUUUUUCUAUGGCUAGGCUAUUCAAAUUCCUUUUUUAAUCCACUCAUCUACACUGCUUUCAACAAAAACUACAACAAUGCCUUCAGGAACCUAUUCUUUAGACAGCACUGA